UCAACCGAUUUCUACAUCCCGGCCCUCAUCUCUCUCGGCACCAAGCAGACACUGUGAAUAACUUGAAAAUGUUUUUCAACUGUAAAUAACUGAAUCAGUGGAGAACCACGGUUGGAUCACGACGCAGUCACGGAACACGAAUUGGCCAAAAGGGUUGCCGAAUCCGGAUCCGCAAUUCGGAGAUCCAAAUGACGGAUUCGAAUCUGGAGUUGCAGGAAUCGGGUUGGGAGGAGCUGAGGAGAGAGGCCCGGAAGAUUGAGGGGGAUCUUGAUGUCAAGCUCUCUUCUUACGCUAAGCUUGGUGCUAGGUUCACACAAGGAGGUUAUGUAGACUCUGGGUCACCACCUGUUAGUUCGAGCAGGUCAUGGAAGUCCAUGGAAAUGGAGAUCGAGUCUUUGCUUGAGAAACUUUUGGAUAUCAAUGAUUCAAUGAGUCGAUGUGCUGCAUCUGCUACACCAGCUACUUCUGUAACUCAGAAGCUAGCAAGGCAUAGAGACAUACUUCAUGAGUUUACCCAGGAGUUUAGAAGAAUCAAGGGGAACAUAAAUUCAUUGAGGGAACAUGCAGAGCUUCUGACUUCAGUCAGGGAUGAUAUCAGUGAGUACAAGGCAUCGGGGAGUAUGUCACCAAGAAUGCAAAUACUACGGGAGAGAGCUGCCAUCCACGGAAGCGUAUCUCAUAUAGAUGAGGUGAUUAGUCAAGCUCAAACAACAAGGGCAGUCUUGGGCUCUCAAAGGGCUCUGUUUGGUGAUGUUCAAGGGAAAGUGAAAAAUCUAAGUGACAAGUUCCCUAUAAUCCGCGGCCUACUUGGUUCGAUUCGAAGGCGGCGAUCAAGAGACACGCUUAUUCUGUCUGCAGUCAUUGCAGCUUGUACCUUGUUUCUUAUUAUCUACUGGCUUUCAAAAUAAAUAUACGAAUGAGAUUUGUGAUGCAGAAAGUUUUAAACGAUGGUACCUCUCUAGGGAAUUUUGCUUCUGUAAUUUCUUGGGACAAAUUGUUUAUAUAUUUCAAAAGUUAGUGGUGCCUAUUUUGUGGUGCCAUUCCAAUGAA